AUGUACAAAGCCAGGCCCAUGCCACGUUGGCUCGUGCGCUACGACAGCCCACCUGGAAGGGGCCAUCAUAGGGAAUUUGAGAAUCGAUACAGGAACUCGCAACGCAACACCAUCCCCAUUCAAUUUCUCAAUACUACGCCACGGGCGCACGACAUGAUUGGUUCCAGUAAUCCCAACUCCAUGUUGUCCAAAGUCCGCGACAGGGCGAGGAGGCAGACUGAACCCCAGUGGCACAUGACAAGUGCGGAGGAAGCUGGAUUCGAACAUCCGGGGAAAGUGCCGAUUCUUCGGGUAGGGCUUAGAUGGGGACACAGGAUCCGCCUGAUCGCUGAUGGGAUCUGGGUUUGUAAAGAUGGGUAA